GUUUGAACGUUUUUGUGGUGCUGUUAAUGUUAAAGGAUGGGACGAAAAUGUCAGAAGGCAUUGUCUGUGAUGGUCAUUAAGCAUGAAUAGAGUCAUGUAACUCAUGUUAGCCUGACCUCUUUCAAUUACCAACAUCACGGUCUUGUUUAACUCUGAAAUUGCAUAAUUAACUGCGCCCUGGCAUGUCACCUUGGAACAAGAAAACCAUAGCAAGCAAAAUAACCAAUCUCCAUCAUCUUAAACAGCUCCAUGCGCAGCUAGUCCUCCACUCCCACCACCAUCACAAUCGCUGGGUGGCGCUUCUCCUUACCCAAUGCACGCGCCUCCAUGCACCCUCCAACUACACCUCUAAUAUUUUUCAUGUAGCAACAUACCCUAAUAUACAUGUCUUUACCUGCAUGCUCAAAUAUUACUCCCGAAUCGGUUCUACCACACAAGUAGUUUCUCUCUAUAAGCAUAUGCAAUACUAUGACAUUAAACCUGACACGUCCUUUUAUCCGGUCUUGAUAAAAUCUGCUGGAGAGGCCAACAUGCUAUUUCAUGCUCAUCUACUGAAACUGGGACAUAGUCACGAUCAUCAUGUUCGAAAUGCAUUUCUGGGUAUGUAUGCCAAAUAUGGGCAUAUUGAGCUUGCCCGGAAACAAUUUGAUGAAAUGCCUGAUAGAACCGUUGCAGAUUGGAACGUCAUCAUCUGUUGGUACUGGAAGUGCGGGAAUGAAGAGGAAGCAAGUAGACUUUUUCACAUGAUGGACGAGUCAGAAAAGAAUGUUAUUACUUGGACUACCAUGGUCACUGGACAUGCAAAGAUGAGAAAUUUGAAGACUGCAAGGAUGUAUUUUGAUACGAUGCCAGAAAGAAGUGUGGUAUCUUGGAAUGCGAUGCUAUCAGGAUAUGCUCAAAAUGGAGCAGCACAAGAGACUGUAAGAUUGUUCAGUGACAUGCUUAGCUCUGGAAAUGAACCAGAUGAAACAACGUGGGUAACUGUCCUUUCAUCUUGCUCAUCUCUUGGUGAUCCUUGCCUUGCCAAGUCAAUUGUCAGAAAGCUAGAUAGAAUGAACUUUCGUUCAAAUUAUUUUGUCAAGACUGCUCUGCUUGAUAUGCAUGCUAAGUGCGGGAACCUUGAGGUAGCUCAGAAGAUUUUUGACCAAUUGGGUGUCUAUAAGAAUGCUAUUACAUGGAAUGUCAUGAUUUCUGCUCAUGCAAGAGUCGGUGAUUUAUCUUUGGCAAGAGACUUUUUUAAUAAGAUGCCAGAAAGGGAUACUGUCUCCUGGAAUUCGAUGAUUACUGGUUAUGCUCAAAAUGGCGAGUCACUAAAGGCAAUCGAGCUGUUUAAGGAAAUGAUCUCUUGUAAAAAUUCAAAACCAGAUGAGGUGACUAUGGUGAGCGUUUUUUCUGCUUGUGGACAACUUGGAAGAUUAGGUUUAGGCAAUUGGGCUGUCAGCAUCCUCAAUGAAAAUAACAUCAAGCUUAGCAUUUCAGGAUACAAUUCUUUGAUUUUCAUGUACUUAAGAUGUGGGAGUAUGGAAGAUGCUGGAAUAAUAUUUCAAGAAAUGGCAACCAGAGAUUUAGUUUCCUAUAACACGUUGAUUUCUGGGCUAGCAGCCCAUGGGCAUGGAACGGAAAGCAUCAAGAUGAUGUCCAAAAUGAAAGAAGAUGGUAUUGAACCAGACCGCAUAACAUAUAUUGGUGUUUUGACUGCAUGCAGUCAUGCAGGGUUAUUGGAAGAGGGUCGGAAAGUUUUUGAAUCAAUCAAAGCUCCUGAUGUAGACCACUAUGCAUGCAUGAUUGAUAUGUUAGGUCGUGUUGGUAAAUUAGAAGAAGCUAUGAAGCUGAUUCAAAGCAUGCCUAUGGAGCCCCAUGCUGGAAUUUAUGGAUCCCUUUUAAAUGCUACCGGCAUUCAUAAACAAGUUGAACUCGGGGAACAUGCUGCAGCUAAAUUGUUCAAGGUUGAGCCGCAUAAUUCUGGCAAUUACGUGUUGCUUUCUAACAUAUAUGCUUUGGCUGGUAGGUGGAAAGAUGUUGACAAAAUCAGGGAUAAAAUGAGAAAACAGGGAGUGAAGAAAACUACUGCCACCAGCUGGGUAGAGCAUAACUCAUAAGUUCAUUGUGGAAAACAGACCACAUGAACAAGCAGAUAUCAAUAAUUUACUAGGUAAUCUCAAGGUCAAAUUGAGGAGGGCAGGAUAUGUAAUUAUUGAUAAAAGCUCUGUAUUGAGGAUGUCGAAUAAGAAGAAAAGCAGGAGAUAGUGGGUGUUUGUUUACAGUGCGAAGUUGGCUAUCUGUUCUGCUUUUAGUUGGUUAUAAGAGUAUGGAAAAUUUUAAGGAUGUAUCCAGAUUGCGUAAAAGCAUCACGGUGAUGUAAGUUACAAGGAAGAAAGAUAAUUGUCGAGGAUAAUAACACAUUUCACUGCCUUAGCUAGUUAAUCAUUCAAUCUUAAAAACAAUGCAUUUUAUUUUAAAUACAUAGGAGGAAAUAGUAUUCUGCAUACCGAUAAAAUGUAAAAUACCAUGGCAUUUUUUUUUUAACAGAAAGUGUUGCUGGUUGA